AUGUGGUUGGACAGCACAGUGGCUCCGCCCACCGCAGCCACCACAAAAACACCUCCACUAUGUUCUUACGCUGUCUCAACCAUCAAGUUUGGCUUCAAGAUAGACAUAACAAGCUCUACCAAUGGUAUCUACGCCAUAAACAUCAACGAAGAGGCCCAUCCUGAGACCAGAGUGGAAUACUCUGUGUUCCACUCCAACCAAACCUCAUCACGUGAGAUCAAACAGCUGAAGCCCUGUACUCAAUACGAACAUGCUGUGGAAUUUAUCGACAGUGCUGACAACAUGACGCCCUGUAGCUACACUGGAAAUGAACCUUCUGAACUCACAACUCAAAUGGAACUGAAAGACAUUGAAGACGGUAGCUGCAUCCCAGGAUAUGUUUGUUACAGGAGUGAUUGGAACAUUGGCUCUUCAAUGUCAGCAUCUAAUAAUGUUGCAGUAGAGCGAUGCCUCACUGACUCUACACAGUUUUGUAUCAAACCUGCUAUCGAUGACAUUUGCACAAACUUGACCACAACCUUCACUUCAGGAAAGUGUAUGGUCUCAACCUUCAAAAUCAUCAAAAGCAUCCCUGUUGAUUAUUUGAAUGCAAAUGAAUUACAACCGGAAAUACCAACUGAACUUCCUGUAGAUACAAUACAAACAAGAUUACCUCAAAACUGCAGUAAUCUCAACAUUGUAUACACGUGUCUGGAUAUGGAUGAUAACAGUGAUCCCAAGCCAUUGACUGAGCUGGAGCCCUUCACAAACUACAACUGUACGGGUCAGAUCAAGGAAAACAAUGUUUCCAUAAAGAACACAACUGCUAUCAAGUUCAACAUAGACUGUGAUCUUACAACUACAAUCACAAAGACGUCUGUGACCAGCACUUCUGUUACGUUGAGUUGGACUACAACCAGUCAGAAAUGUAAAGAUGUCUUAACCAAGUCUCCAAAGUUGACUUUUCUCUGCAGUUGUGUCCCUCAUCAUUCCACACAUAAACGCAGCAAACCUUCAAGCGGAGGAACAUGUUUAAUUAAUGGACUGGAACCGUACACCAUCUAUACAUGUGAUGUUGAACCCCACUACAAGAACAAAGAUUUGGACAAAAGAACUUCAAUAAAAGAUGUUGAGACUGACGUUGGCAUACCAGCUAAUAUCUCUGAUCCGGAGGUGUUUCCACUAGGGCAUAAUGAGAUAAAAGUAACCUGCACUCAUUCAAAAAAAUUUCAUGGACCUGGAGGGUAUUACUUUGCACGGCUUCGUUAUAACGGUGACAUUGUGAGGACCCAACAAAAUAAAAGUCAUUGUCAUUUUAUAUUCAAAGAUCUGAGCUACUCUACAACAUACAUCCUGGAGGUGUUUGCUGGCAAUGAACGAUUUGAGGGAAAUCUGAAGCACAGACCAGUUAACACUGAAUAUAAUGACAAAGCCGUCAUUGGGUUCCUCAUCUUCCUCAUCUUCCUCACGUCUGUGGCCCUGCUUUUGGUUGUCUAUAAGAUUUUUAUUCUCAAGUGCAGACAGUCCCAGUAAGAUUCGCUCUCUUUUCUCCUGCAUCAGUUUGAGUCCGACUUUGCUUUUCGUUUUGAAUUUUCCCUGUAAUUCUUACAGCUUCUGUACUGAUAAAGGCAACAUCUGAAGUUACAGUCCAUAAUUAUUUUCAUUAUUAACAGUGGUUCCCUGGUCUUAUUUUUUAGGGUUAGGGUUAGAGUUGGACUCUAUCAUUGUCCCUGGUUUCUUUAACAGCUGAUGAAAGGGUUUCAGUAACUGUGCAGUGACCUCUGUUGCAGCCUAACGAAAUGAUGUAAAUCAGAUUAAUUAAUAAUUUAUGCCAAAAAGUGAAAUAUGUUCCUAGUUUACCUGUUAGGUUCAGCUCCCAUACUUGAAAUGUCUAGAUCAAAGUACAUUAUAUCUUAUAUACAUUAUAUUCUAUAAAAACAAUCUUCACUAUUUCUUCCACAGUGAUGUGAACAGAGAUGUGAUGCCUGAAUUAAGUCCAAGUGAGUAAAGUUAGUUUUCUUGUUGUUUCUGAAUAAGUGCUGAAAAUAUCUCAUCUGAAAGCAACUUUGAAAAUGUCUUAAUUUAGUAUUUCCAAGAAAGUAUUGGUUUAAUGAGUUCCCAACAAUUUAAUGCUUUUGUUUUCACCUCUGUAGUUUAUGAAAAUGUUAACGUCUUAAUGGCAUCAUCAAGACGCACUGAUGAAUAAAGGCCGGAUGGAAGGGAUCACCAACCGAAUCACCAAAUUCACAUUUCUGCACGUUCCUGUUUACACUGACUCGUAAACUGCUUGAAUAGGAUAUGCAUUUUUCAUGAUUUUCUCUCAUAUCCUGCCUGUCCGUUUUCCUUACUUUGAUUAUACUGUAUGUACUUAUAUCUGAAGUUUAAAUGAGUCCUUUGUGACAGCUGAAACAUGCUAUAGAUGACACGAGAUGAGACGAUGAAAACUGUCUGAGGUGUCUGAAUAUUUUACAGUCCUCUCCUCAUCUAUGAUAACCAAAGCAAGCUUUUAAACUGUUGCUAUUUAGAAUGGAUUAUACAUUAUUAUACCCUUUUUUUUUCUUUUCUUGUAAUCAUUUUAGAUUGUCCAAACUAUAUUUCUGGACCUGUUGUUCAUGUAUUCAAAGAUGCAAUAACUGUAGAAAGAAACGAGUGAAAACUGCAGCUGUCCUGUUGAGACAAAGAUGUGAUGAAGAGGCAACUUCUGCAACCUGCAGGCGAUGAAUAGGACAGGUUGAGUUUUCAUCUCUUUGAUUGUAUUCAUUCAUUUUUUAUAUAUCGUUUCUUUAUGGAUUGUUUGAGAUGAGAUUUAAAGGAAGAAUAUUUAAUUUUUCACACUUAAAUGUAGCAGAAAUCAAAUAUAUGCUCUGAAAAU